GUCUUUAUUUGCAAUCUUACCCGUACAAUCGGCAACAACUUUAAAAAUUAGGCCGCUAAAGGCACCUCGACGAGGAGGAGGAGGAGAAAGAAAGAAAGAAAGAAAGGCUUCUUGCUCACAGAGAGACCGAGAGACUGAGAGAGAAACAUGUCUGGAGGUAUUGCUCGUGGUCGGCUCGCGGAGGAGCGGAAAGCCUGGCGGAGGAAUCAUCCUCAUGGUUUCGUUGCUAAGCCGGAGACCCUGCCCGAUGGUUCGGUGAAUCUGAUGGUGUGGCAUUGCACCAUCCCCGGCAAGGCUGGGACUGAUUGGGAAGGGGGGUACUUCCCUCUUACACUCCAUUUUAGUGAAGACUACCCCAGCAAACCGCCCAAGUGUAAAUUUCCCCCGGGUUUCUUCCACCCUAAUGUCUACCCAUCUGGAACCGUUUGCCUGUCAAUCCUCAAUGAAGAUAGCGGAUGGAGACCAGCAAUUACAGUCAAACAAAUUCUUGUUGGCAUCCAGGAUUUAUUGGAUCAGCCCAACCCUGCUGAUCCUGCACAGACUGAAGGAUAUCACCUCUUUAUCCAGGAUACAGUGGAGUAUAAGAGACGCGUCCGACAGCAGGCAAAGCAGUAUCCACCUCUGGUCUAAGCAACAAAGAAUUUGUUUUGCCUGACGCCUGGUAACUUCCAUGUUGCCAUAGCGUAAACUGUAUCCUUGGAACUGCUUUUGUCUCUCUCUUAGUUUAAACAAACUUUGGUUGAUACAUGACGGUAAACCUGGCCAAAGAUUACUUGUUGUGUCUCUUUCAGUGUAAAACUCAAUCCCCGUUUCAGACAUUCCAAAUGUUUGUGUUAUAUGUGAUAUUUAUAAAUGUCUAAGUUGUUAAUAA